UUCCACUAACAUCUAGCGUUCAUGUGUUGUUGUUCCUCCUAAGAUUCAUAGAAAAAAUGGCACUGGAACUAAUGCGUGUUUCCCAUAGUCUACAUGAUUCCCUUAUGCCCUUAACUUCCUCAUCUUCAUCAAGAAGACAGUACCCAUCCUUCUGCAACUUGAUGAAAAAUUAAUGCUCAUUAUUGAGAAACCUCAAUCCCUUUAACAAUUUUAUGAUCUUCAUCCUUGUUAUUACUCUUGUUGUUCUUCGAGCAAUUAAACAUUUUUUAUUCUGGUUUUGGUUUUGUAAUUAGGCCGACCAUUUUCUUAGAAAAAUAUACAAAUUACUACUCGAAUUAAUCAUUCUCCGGAGCUCUGCAUAUCUUAUUCCUUUCCCCCAUUAAUCAUGUACUACAAUAAAGGAAUUACGGAGUAAUUCAAAAUUCAGCCAAUAAUGACUUCUAAAUUCACAAGGAUAUUAUCAACUUUGAUGUAAUGGUAAUGCAAUAUCAGGAGAAAAAUAGAACGCGCCUAACGCGCCUACCACAAGUUCCCUCAUGCGCCCCCAAGAAUUCCAUAUCUGAACGCUGCUACUGUUGGGCUUUCCUGUCCGUAGUCUUGAAGCUGCAACCGUUUCGCUGCUGCAACUCAACUUCUUCUCCGAUCUUGGUUCCCGCAUACGGCGGCAGUUGUUUCGGUGCUUUUGGCGAGCUUCGCUGCGACAACUCAAGUUUUCUCCAGUGCUCUUUGGUGAUAUUUGAUACCGGCACCUUCACUUCUGGCGUGCAACAUCAUCACUUUCUCCGGUGCUCUUCUUCAAUUUCGGCGUGAUUUCAAAGCUAUCAGGUUGACAUCCAUCUUCUCCAAGUGACUGGUACUCUGUCUUGUUGUUAUAUCAAGGAAUCACAUACAUGCAGAAGCUAAUUUGCUUGAAUAUUAUACUGGAUUUGAGCUGAAUUUUUAAUAAUGGAUUCAAAGGGCUAGUUUUGGGAGAUUCUAUUUUGGAGGUUCUAUUUAUUUUGGCUGUAGCUCUAUUUUGGGUCACUAUCGUAGCUCUAUUUUCUAGUGGGAUUGAAUCCUUGUGUUCAGGGAUCAACAAAGUUGCAAACCCCUAUGGAAGAACUACGGUUUUCUGCUCAUGGCAGGGUUAACAGGUAUAUUUCCAUUGCUAAGCAACUUCUUUUCCAACAGAUCUCUUGUUACAACUUAAGGCUAUGGGUAUUGCCAUUCCAAAAUCUGUAGCCACAGGAGAGCUUCUUAAAUUCCAAUUGAAUGGUCUCCACCAAAUUGUAAACACCUCCUUGACAAAUGGAGUCUCUACGAUUACAAUCAGUUUGAGUUUACCCCCAUCUCAAACCAUGGAAAUUCCGAACAAAGGUCGCCGGAAGAACAGAAACAAAAGGAAAAACGACAUAGCAAGUCUUCUGUGCCACAUAAUCAUCUCACUACCCAGGGAGGACAAUUGGAGUGGAGGAAAGUCCCCAUUCCUGUACCUGGGAAUGUUUCAGUUGAUGAAAAUAUUCCUGAUUUAGUUCCAAUGGUAUCCCAAGACAUGAUUGAUCCAAAGAGGACUGGAGGGUUUGAUGCAGAGAGGCCUAAACUGAUGAAAUACAACAUGACUCAAGGUCUUAGGGGAGAAACUAAUCUUCGGCUUAUGGAAACUUCUGAGCUGAAGGGGUUACAACAGAAAGAUUCUCCAAUGGUUAUUUGUGUAGACCUAGAAAAUGAGGGAGUCCCAAAGGAGGGCCAACCAUGCCCGACAUCACUCUUCACCUCAUCUUCUUCACUAAACAUAAAGAAAAAAGUCAGAAAGCUACACGGAGCCACAAGGAGGAACACGAAUAAAUCAUUGGGAAUGCGUACCAAGAACUCCUGGUGCCGGGGUUUGAGAAGGUUGCAAUGUAACACCUCUGAUAUUGACAGUUGUUUGCCAUGGCGCUGUGGAAUGAAAAGAAGUUUGGUUCAUCUAGAGGAGAUUGUGACCCCACAUAAACGCAGAGUUGUCCACGACAACUUAUGUACUCAGAAGCAUAGUUUUUCAAAAUCCCGAUCCGCAUCUUAAAAUCUUACGAUCAUGCGAUCCAAAAUUAAAAAAUCUAUCCUGGAUCUUAUGGAAUCAUUCUCUGUAGUGGGAUCUUAUAGAAUUCUUCAAACUUCCAAUCUAAAUAAUAGGAUCCUACGAUCCAGCGAUCCC